AUGACGAGUGCUGUGUGUCUUCUCACGCCUGCGACGGCUCUCGCGCGGGCCUUUGCUUCGCGCACGAACACAGGCACAGGCACGGGCACCGGGCUAAGACAAACCCUUCUCGUGGCCGGCUACAGCUUCAGAUCAGCAACGAACCAGACGCUGGUGCCCCAGCAGCGGCGAGGCGCACAUUCAAAUUACGACCGGAGCCGGCCGGAACGACCGCCGCGCGGGCAUGGCCCUCCGCGUCCCGGCCCGCCUCGUCCACACUACGGACAACCCCGUGGGCCCUCUGGUGGCGGUCCCCGUCCCUAUGGACCACGGCCCACAGGGUACCGGGGACAAGACUCUUCUGGCGAGCACCCUGCACAUUUCCAGCGUCCCAACACGACAUUUGGACUUCAAAAUUCACGAGCGGCGGCAGCCACGCCGCUCGUGAAGCCCAAGAUGGCCCGUAUGCCGCGCAACAACGCGAUCACCUUUAGCCACGUGCUGCUGCCGCAGGAGGACGGCACACUGGGGCUGCCCGAGCGCACCGAAGAUGUGCUGCAGCGGAUUGACCGCCGGAAUAAUGCCUUGGUCGUGGUAGCGAUGCCGCAGAGCAACAACGACGAAUACGACAAUGGUUUUCUGCAGCCAGAGGGGGAGAGGCGGGCCGCGCUGGCGGAGGCCAUGCGGCGCUUCCCGGUCUGCCGGAUUGUCGACACCAAGGCCGAACGCCAGGCCGCCGACGAGGAGCGCCUGGCCGCGCGCAAGAAGAAGGUGGGCAAAAAGGAGCUCGAGAUCAACUGGGCCAUCGACUUGCACAACCUGGGCUUUCGGCUGGUCAAGCUGCGUGAGUUCUUGGACAAGGGCCUCUACGUCGAGAUCCGCCUCAUGUUCAAGUCGGCGAAGUCGGGCAAGCGCCGGGCGACGCUCGAAGAGGCGGAGGAGGUGCUGCGGCGGAUCCGCGCGACCAUAGACGAGGUCCCGGGCACGGUGGAGACGAAGCCGACCGAGGGCGUGAUUCUGCGCAUGAUGAAGCUCUUCCUCAAAGGACCGGAUCCCACCAAGAAGGCGAAGACGAAAGGGGAGCAAUAA